CCAGCCUCGCAGCCUCCCAGGGCCCAACCCACAGCCAGCGAGCUCCGAUGCCCAGAGAGGCAGGAAACGGGGCCAGCCAGGGGGACUCGAGAGCGGCUGCACUUUCCUGUCCCCCGCCGAGGACAGCGGAGGAGCAGCGGCCCGUGGCCUGGCGAGUUUCCCCGGAGAGGAGCCGGAUUCCGCUGCGGGGACGGAGCGAGGAGUCCGAGCAGGGUGGCGUAAAAAUGGAAGAGCAGGGACCCAGGAGACCCAUUCAAAGGGAGAGACUGGAGUGCAAAGGAAGGAAACCUCCUGCCGGCCAAGUUGGGACCAUCAGGGAUCUUCUGCCUCGGGCAGAUUUAUGUCAGAUUAAGCAGGAGCCAGAGGAGGGGCAGCCGCAGCAGCACUGGGAGGCCCAGAAGCAGGAUUUCCUGAAGACGAUGCAGCCCCCUCGUUCAGGGAGGGAAACCCCACAGGCUCCCAGUCCUCCCCACUCCGGGGAUGGUGUCCUCUCCUUCAGGGGAGCUGCAGGUGCCAGUCGGAGGCCCAGUGGGAGAGCAGGGGGAGCAGACCAGACCCUGCUCCCAGACACUGAGGGGCUUCUGGGAAAGGUAAGUGCCCUCCUCUCACCUGGGUUUCCAGCACCUGGAGGUCACAGGUCCACUGCCUCUAGACAUGGAGGUUCUGUUUAGCUUUGGUGGUGAAUAUUCCUCCUCCCUGCUCUUUCUCUCUAAUCCACUUUAAAAAGGC